GUGAAAAGGCAACACCCCGGCGGCUCGCCCUGGCCACGCAGGCCCCUGGCUCUGCUGCGCGCGGUCUCUUGGGACUCGGCGAAGAAGGAAGCUAGAAGGGGUGGGCUUUUUUGUUUUUCCCCGGAGGGGAGCGAUGACUGCAACCGGAAGCGGUACCGCGCGGGGCCGGCGGGAGUGGCGGAGACGUGUCCUUCUCUGAGGCGCCGGGAGCACGUCCCCAGGGUUCUGGGCGAGGAAGGCCGCCAGCUGCCACCGUAUAUACUCCCGCCGGGCCCAGCAGCCCUGUCAUCGUGGGGCGGCGGCGGCGGCGGCGGCCGGGGCUGGGAGCUUUGGCGGCCGGAGUCCCAGCCAUGGCCGAGUCUGUGGAGCGGCUGCAGCGGCGGGUUGAGGAGCUGGAGCGCGAACUGGCCCAGGAAAGAAGUCAGCGGGCCCUGGGGGGCGGCGACGGAGGGGGCGGCCGGGCCCGCAUCGAGAAGAUGAGCCCGGAGGUGGUGGACUCCAACCCCUACAGCCGCCUGAUGGCAUUAAAACGAAUGGGAAUUGUAAGCGACUAUGAGAAAAUCCGUACCUUUGCUGUAGCAAUAGUAGGUGUUGGUGGAGUUGGUAGUGUGACUGCUGAAAUGCUGACAAGAUGUGGCAUUGGUAAGUUGCUGCUCUUUGAUUAUGACAAGGUGGAGCUAGCCAAUAUGAAUAGACUUUUCUUCCAACCUCAUCAAGCAGGAUUAAGUAAAGUACAAGCAGCAGAACAUACUUUGAAGAACAUUAAUCCUGAUGUUCUUUUUGAAGUACACAACUAUAAUAUAACCACAGUAGAAAAUUUUCAACAUUUUAUGGAUAGAAUAAGUAAUGGUGGAUUAGAAGAGGGUAAGCCUGUUGACCUAGUUCUUAGCUGUGUGGACAAUUUUGAAGCUCGAAUGGCAAUAAAUACAGCUUGUAAUGAACUUGGACAAACUUGGAUGGAAUCUGGGGUCAGUGAAAAUGCAGUGUCGGGGCACAUACAGCUCAUAAUUCCUGGAGAAUCGGCUUGUUUUGCGUGUGCCCCACCACUUGUAGUUGCUGCAAAUAUUGAUGAAAAAACUCUGAAACGAGAAGGGGUUUGUGCAGCCAGUCUUCCUACCACUAUGGGAGUGGUUGCUGGGAUCUUAGUACAAAAUGUGUUAAAGUUUCUGUUAAAUUUUGGUACUGUUAGUUUUUACCUUGGAUACAAUGCAAUGCAGGAUUUUUUUCCUACUAUGUCCAUGAAGCCAAAUCCUCAGUGUGAUGACAGAAAUUGCAGAAAGCAGCAGGAAGAAUAUAAGAAAAAGGUAGCAGCACUGCCUAAAAAGGAGGUUGUUCAAGAAGAGGAAGAGAUAAUACAUGAAGACAAUGAGUGGGGUAUUGAGUUGGUAUCUGAGGUUUCAGAAGAGGAACUGAAAAAUUCUUCAGGUCCAGUUCCAGAUUUACCUGAAGGAAUUACAGUGGCCUAUACGGUUCCCAAAAAGCAAGAAGAUUCUGUACCUGACGUAACAGUGGAAGAUUCUGGUGAAAGCUUGGAAGAUCUCAUGGCCAAAAUGAAGAAAAUCAGUAAGUGGUCCUGAAAUACAGGGAGAAAAACAAGAGGUACAACCUGUUGAUUUGAACUAGCAGGUAUGUAUGCAUUGUUUUGGAAUUGUUUUCUACAACAAAACUGCCCACUACUAACUUGGCCAACAAUAAAUUUAAAACAGUUAAACUAUAAAAUAAAAACAUUCUCUCAAAUGUUUCCUGAUUGCAAACUGAAAUGUAGUCAUUGAAAAAGUUGUAAACUUGUGAAUUAUAUAUUCAAAAUCAGCUAGGCAACCAAAAGGAAGCUUUUUUCAUGGAUAGACAGAUAAGUGUACUUUGAAGAAGUACAGGUUAUAUUUCUGCUGACCACAGAAAAGAAAUCAUUGCAUAUGUGGGGCAUAUAUCUGGAAUCACUAUACUUUAUUGAGGAGCAAGAAAUAAAUUUAGGCUAAGAUCAUCUAGAUUAUACCCAUCAUAUGGGUUAUCUUCUGAGUAUUCCAUUUAAAUUUGAUUCCCUGGUAAAUAUUGGCAAGGGUUUGUCUUGGAUAGUGGGCAUUAAAGAGGUCUAAAGUGCCUCUGAAAUGACUGACAUGUAUUUCUUCCCUGGAAGAGGAUCAUUUUCCCUGAUCAUGACCACUAAAUCACAAAUUGAUAAACUGGUUUUCCCUGGAGUUGCAUACACAUAAUAAAGACUUAGAGAGCCUUGGCUGAAAUAAAUUUCCAAUGGUUUGGAGACCAAUAAAAAAUGUGUAACCAUUAUCUGAGCGAGUGCCCAUAUUACUCUUCCCAGUGUCAUGAAGGAGGAAGACACAUAACUCAAGAGAAGAUCUGUAGGCUGUUAAUUAUGCUAAUCUCCUAUUGAUGAUUUUGUUUUUGUUUCAAAGAUAUAUACGUCUAAAUAUCUGUAGGGGGAAAAUGUUAGUAAAAAAAUGAAAAAGUGCAUUCACCACUUGUAAAAUAAAGUUCUAAAAACUGAUUUCAGAAAGCCCCAAAUAUCAAAAAUACAUUCAAUAUAUUAGAUUUGAGAUUCUAGGACCAUAUUGAAUUUUUUUUUUUUUUUU